GGUUUGUGCCGAGCACGCGCAGACGAGGUACCCUCCGGGCACGGACUCGGAGCAUGCGCGCUAGGCCGAGAGUGGGGCGCAUGCGCAGGACACCCGGCGGGCUGACGGGAGCGGGCGGCGGGACAAUUGAGCGCGGAGAGCGCGGCUGCUGAGAGCAGUACAAACUAAAUAUGAGGCGAUCAGCAGCUCCAAGUCAAGUGCUAGGAAAUGUAGCCAAAAAGCCAAGGUUUAUACCACCAGGAAAAAGUAUUGCAGUUUGUCCCAAGAUUGAAACUGAGGAAACAGACCAAGACAUGAAAUUAAAGGAGAUAAGUGAAAAACGUGGAAGUGCUUCAUUGUUUCCUGAAAUAUUCGAUGAGAAUCAGAAUGAAAAUUUUACACAGUCUGUUGAGUCAUCUGGAAAAGUAAAGUCUACAAAAGCACGGAACAGCACUAAUCAGUGCAGCAAGUUGGAAAUGAAAACACAAAGUGCACCCAAAGCUGAUGCAGUGUAUUUGCCAACAUCAGGAAUGGCAAAGGGAGCAGCAGCGCAGGAAGAACCUGACUGUCUCACAAAGUAUUUCAGUGUUAUGUGGUGUAAGGCAUCAAAGAAAAAGCACAAGAAGUGGGAAGGCGAUGCUAUUCUUAUUACAAAAGGAAAGUCAGUAAUAUUGAAAGACAUGGAAGGCAAAGACAUUGGCAGAGGUGCUGGAUAUAAAUCUAAAGAGUUAGACAGUCUUGAGGAAGGUCAAACACUGAUGAUUGGAGGAAAAGAAAUUGAAGUGAUGGGUGUAAUUUCAGCAGAUGACUUCAGCAGUGGCAGGUGUUUUCAGACUGGAAUAGCGACUCAUGACACAGUCCCAACUGCUUUACCUCAAGCUACCAUGAAACAAUUCUGUAAGCCAGUCAAAAGUGCCUGCCAACCCAGUACUAAAGAGAAUAUUCUCCUCAGUUCUCAAAGCUGCAGACCUCGUCACAAUCCAAAUGAUUCAAAUUCUCUAGUUAUGCCAAGACCAAAUGCAAGUCAUCAGUGCAUGUUCAACAAGGCUGGUUUACCUGUGGUGGAUGUAGUUGUGGAUCCCUAUAUUGCAAAUAAUCUCCGACCACAUCAGAGAGAAGGAAUUGUAUUUCUAUAUGAAUGCGUAAUGGGAAUGAGAGUUAGUGGCAGAUUUGGAGCUAUUCUUGCUGAUGAAAUGGGCUUAGGAAAAACAUUGCAAUGCAUUUCACUUGUCUGGACUCUUCUGCGUCAAGGGGUCUAUGGAUGUAAACCUGUACUAAAGCGAGCACUAAUUGUCACCCCUGGGAGUCUGGUAAAAAACUGGAAAAAAGAAUUUCAGAAAUGGUUGGGAAGCGAAAGGAUCAAAGUCUUUACAGUUGAUCAGGACCACAAAGUAGAAGAAUUCAUCAGUUCUCCACUUUAUUCAGUUAUGAUAAUCAGCUAUGAGAUGCUACUACGAUCUUUGGAUCAAAUUCAGGCUAUAGAAUUUAACCUCCUAAUCUGUGAUGAAGGACAUCGUCUGAAAAAUAUCUCUAUUAAGACAACUACAGCCCUCACUAGUCUGUCUUGUGAGAGGAGAAUUAUCCUUACUGGUACUCCAAUCCAAAAUGACUUGCAAGAAUUUUAUGCAUUAAUAGAAUUUGUAAAUCCAGGAGUACUUGGUUCUUUAUCCACAUAUAGAAAGAUAUAUGAGGAGCCCAUUGUCAGAUCUAGAGAACCUUCAGCAACAAAGGAGGAAAAGGAUUUGGGAGAAAAAAGAGCAGCAGAACUCACGCGCCUCACUGGACUUUUUAUUCUUAGGAGAACACAGGAGGUUAUAAACAAAUUUCUUCCACCAAAAAAGGAGAACAUAAUCUUCUGCCGACCAACAGCUCUGCAGCUUGAAUUGUAUCGCAAACUGCUCAGUUCUCGAGUUAUUAGCUCCUGUCUACAAGGCAGGCUAGAAAAUAGUCCUCACCUAAUUUGUAUAGGAGCUUUGAAAAAACUUUGCAAUCAUCCGUGUCUUCUGUUUAAAGCUGUAAAGGAAAAAUCUUGUGAUCCGAAGAGUGAUGAGCAUGUUGAAUCCAGUCUCUAUGAAGGUCUAACAGAUGUAUUUCCACAAGAUUAUACUUCAGACACUUUCUCUGAAACUGAUUCAGGAAAAUUGCGGGUGCUGGUGAAGUUGUUAGCAGCAAUCCAAGAGCUCAGCUCUUCUGAAAGAGUUGUACUGGUAUCCAAUUACACUCAGACACUGAACAUACUGCAGGAGACAUGCAAAAGUUAUGGAUAUUCUUAUACUAGACUUGAUGGAAAUACUCCCGUCUCCCAGAGGCAGCAGAUUGUUGAUAGUUUUAAUCGUAAAUUCAGUCCAGCUUUCAUCUUUUUGCUGAGUUCAAAAGCUGGUGGAGUAGGACUGAAUCUGGUUGGAGCGUCUCACUUGAUCCUAUAUGAUAUCGACUGGAAUCCAGCUACAGAUAUUCAGGCAAUGGCCAGAGUGUGGAGAGAUGGUCAGAAACAUACUGUACAUAUCUACAGACUUCUAACCACAGGAUCAAUAGAAGAAAAGAUUUAUCAAAGACAGAUCAGCAAACAAGACCUUUCUGGGGCAGUUGUAGACCUUUCCAAGACAUCUGAACAUAUCCAUUUUUCUGUUGAGGAGCUCAGAAAUCUCUUUACACUUCAUGAGAACUCCAGCUGUGUUACCCAUGACUUACUUGAAUGUGAUUGUAUGGGAAACGAAGACCAUCAAGAUCCUUCCUCAAAAAAGCCUUCAGUGUCUAGGUGUUGUCAGCUCAGACAAGACCAGGGGAAGAAUAAUUCAAAGAAACCGCUCACCAUGUCACAGUUGAUGCAAUGGAAGCAUUUCUCUGGGCAACAUCAGGCUCUACCUGAUCCUUUUCUUGAAAGGAUAAAAGAAAAUGUUUCUUUCAUUUUCCAGAAUGUAACCAAUCCAACUUCCCCCAUCCAAUAAAACCAAAGUAUCUUUCCCUGUCACUUGCAUCCUCCUCCUCAUAGUUGUAGUAAGUGAUUGAUGUACAAAGUUGUUUUUGCCAAAUUCUAUUUUGUGUGGUUUUGAUGAGGUUUUUGAGUAAAUGUGAUUCCUCAGGUUUAAAAAAAGUUACAGGUAAUACUAAGUUAAUAAUAAUUGCAAUAAUUAUAAUACAGAUUUUCAAAUCUAACGUUGCUUUCAAGUCUUCUGUUCCUUCGAUUUCUUAAUUAGUAAGAUUGUUUUUAUCUACAUUCCUAUGUAUGUCUAUUUUGUUUUAUAGUUUUAGUUUGACUGUAAUGAUUUAUUACUUGUAAAGCUGGCAACUCUUCAGCCAUAUUUUAUAAUAUUAAGCAGUGCUAUAUGCUAUUUACAAGGCUCUGGUUGGAUUUUUGUUUUGUCAAUGAAAAGUCCUGUGUCUGUAUACCUGUGGCUUUAUCACAAGAGGAGUGUUAGUUCCUUUGAAUUUACAGUUUACUGGAAAUAGGAGCAAUAGCUUGUCCAAGAUUCUGAGACCAGGGUUUGUUGCUGUGUCAAAACAUUUUGAAAUUCACCUAUUGCUUUUACCUGGAAAAAUAAACAAACUUCAUUUCUCAGGCAUGUUGAGUACAGGCUUAUCUAAUUUUUAGUUUUCUUCAUUUGAGGACCCCUUUUGUCAAACUCUGGAGUACUGCACAUAUUUUCACUGUAUGUUUUUCUUGUGAGUAUGUUUUCCUUCUUUCUGAAGACACAAAAGCUUGGAAUCAGAUUACAUCUUAUAAGUGAAGUACUUCAAAAGACCCAGAAGAACAGAAGAUUGGAAAAUUUUCAGAAAAACUGCAAACUUAGAGAAUUUGAAAGACCUUGAGCAAGAAUAGGAGUCCAUUGUGCUAAUCCUGCAUUGUGCCACAUGUUGUACAUCCUCUUGAUAUUUGGUACCUAUUGUGAUAGUAGUGGCUCAUUAAAAAGCCCAACCGACUUUCAGAAAACAGUGCUCUCCCUUUCUCUAGAAUGUCAUGGAAUUCACAGUCCAACCUAAUCCAUCAUCAAACAUUUUCUUGUCAUUGUGAGUUUGGGAACUGAAAGUCAAAUACACUGACUUCUCUUCACCAUAGAAA